AUGGCGGUCCCAGACCCCGGGUCUCACCUCGUCGCCCGCCGAAAGUCAUCCGGCAACUGGGCCGGCGCCGUUCACACCACGCCCUCGUCCUCCGUGUCCUUCGUCACCGGCACCGUCACGCUGCCCGAGUACAAGCGGGACCCUGAGCUCGGAGCCUCCUUCUGGGUGGGCAUCGACGGCGCAACCUGCCGCACUGCCAUUCUCCAAACAGGAAUCGACUACCUCCACGACACGAUAUACCCAUGGUACGAGUGGUAUCCGGCGGAUUCAAAGUUCUACGCGCAGCCGCUGUCCGCAAAGCCGGGUGACAGGAUUCGCAUGGGCGUCAAUGCCACGAGUGCCACGUCCGGAGUCGCUACUUUGGAGAACUUGACAACGGGGGGGGAGGCGUAUGCUGAGUUGAAGGACCAGGCGAGGCUUUGUUUGAGGGACGCAGAGUGGGUUGUGGAAGAUGUAGCAAACGGUCUCGUUGACUUUGGGGUAGUCAGGUUUUCCGACGUUGAGUGGCAUAGCCUUGAGGGGAGAAAAGGUGCGUCGGCGGCGAGUGUUUAUGAUGUUGAGAAGGGCGGGAGGCAAAGCACUAGGUGUAGUGUCUCAGAGGAUGUUGUUUGCAAAUUUUUGCACCACUAA